AUGAUGGUCGAGAAAAGGAAGCCAUCGUUGUUUGUUUGCUAUCCGUCUCCACCUCUCUUUCUCUCACCACUAUCUCGUCUGCGCGCCCUGAUUGACCUGCUAACCCCAAAACUCACAAUGUCAGAAUCACAAGAACCCUCAUCUAGCACCACCCGCGGUCGGGGUCGAGGCAGGGGCAAAUCACGCGGUGGACUAGGCAAAUACCUGCGUGCUCGCGGACGCGGGCGGGGAAUGGGGCGCCCUGCCCAAUUCACUGAACGUCUCCUGCUCGAGGGUGAAGGGAAACCAAGUCUCACGGAGGAGGAAGAGGCGGAGCUCGCCAAGGAGCUCAGGGAGAAGUAUAGCCGGAGGAACCUGGGCACAAACGCAGAUCGGUAUAAGGAGGAGCAACCUGAGUUAGAUUCGGAUGGGGAGCCUAUUCUAGAGCCGGAAGUCGAUCUAUCCUCCUUCCUCGAGAAACAGCGCAUCUCAGAGGACGUCGGCCCUACAUUGAAAGUCGCGGAGGCGAAAGAUUAUGACGAGGCCGACGUCGACACAUCUCUGGCUCACAUUUCUUCAAACCCUACGCGAUACAAGCUCGAGGCACUGUCGAAGAAGGGUAAGGUCGAGCAGAUCGAGUGGGAUGGGGAACUGGAUCAGAUGAGCAAGGAGAAGAAGGCUGCAGAAGCAACUUGGGAUCUCAAAGACAGGUUCAAGGCCAAAUCAGAAAAGCUACGAACGAAACCAGUUACACCCACCACAACCUCCGCGCGUCGAAAACAAGGAGAGUACCAGGAAGCACCUGCCCUCCCACUUCCUGACGGCGUCAAACCAAAAUCACAGAUGGAGGAAAUGGAAGAUUUUCUUGACGAACUGCUUACCUGA